CUCAUGCCCUUGUCAUUGAUUUAGAUUUCUGUAAUUCACUCUACAUAACUAUUCAUUUUUAUCCCAGCAACAACCCUGUGAUGUAGGUUGGGCUCUGAGUGUGAUUGGCCCAAAGUCAUCCACUGAGAGAGUAAAAUUGAAUCUGAAACACUCCAUUCCUAGACCAAGACCUUAACCACAGCAUCACAUUGAUAAUAACUAGUUUAGCUAGGCUUACACUAUUGAUUUUAUUUUGAAUUCUGUGCAUUCCAUUAUUGCCCUUCCUUGUUUCCCAGUAAACUCCUUUUUAAAUCUAGAGAUUUAGCUUCAAAGGAUAUGCAAAAGCUACUUCUGUAAGAUGGAAAGAACCAGAAAAACUUGCAAACAGAAAUGAUCUGUUAUAAAACUAUUCCCAAACCCUGGUUUUGCAGAGACAAAAGACCCAAAUCCUUGGCAUGUUUCUGACUCGAGCACUGUUUCGAAACAGAAUUCCUGGGAAACAAUGGAUUGGUAAACACAGACGGCCAAGAUUAGUUACUUCUUUAAUGAAGGGGAAUAUGAUUAAGAGACUGGAAAUUGAAGCUGAAAAUGAGUAUUGGCUGAGUUGUCCAUAUAUGACAAAAGAGCAGGAAUAUCGCCACGAUGAGGAAAAUGUACUUGCAUUAUGGCAGCAAAGAAUAAGUGAAGAGAGAGCAAAGUUUCCUGAACACAAGUAUGCUUCAGAACAUCUGAAUCACCUUAAUGUGACCAAGAGAUGGACAGAUUCCUGAUGUGUAUACUUUGCCAUUCUAAUAGGUUUUAUGAAUUCAGUGGGCUUGCUUCUGGUGACAAUAAGAUAAUGUCACAACACCUAUAAAUAAAUGUAUUAUUCAAUUUUCA